GGCCCGAAGCCGCGCGGCGAGAUCUUCCAGCGCCACCGGCGCAGCCCAGCGCAGCGUAAAGCCAGGCGAGGAGAGUACCCGCGCGGCCCAGCACCUUCCAGCGUCCUCGGGACCAGGCGCUCGCUGCUGCCCUUUCUCUGGACGCCGAGCAAAACACAGGCACCCCUGCCUGCUGCACACUUCUCAUCUUUCCCGUUGGAUGAGGUCACUUGUACGUCCAGCCUCGGCCUUAGGGCUGCCCGGGUGGAGGAAAGGCAUCAGUGUUCCAGUGAAGGACCUUUUCCAGGGCACUCACGAUGACAGUUGCCAAGUCCUGUAGUAGGUCCUGGGUGAGGAAGCCUUGACUCAUGGGACAUAACAGCAUUGCUGGAUGCCUGGUACAUUUAAGAAACCUGACUGCAUAAGAAGCACUCUACAUGGGCAGAGGAUGUUACCUGGAAUCAGAGCACUAAAUGAUCCCGACUUUUCUUGAUUUAAAUGUGCUGCCCUCCAUUUCAAGAUGCCUUUGCAUUUCUGAUAAAUGCAAACUGACAAAUCUCCAGGCCACCACAGAGGGGAAAUCAUUACUGCUUGAAGCCUGGAAGACUGUCCUUAAUAAAGACAAGUCCCCAAUUGUUGUUGAAAUGCUGAGGAAGUUGCGGAGGAGGAAACUUUUUUCUUAUCCCACUAAAUACUACUUCUUCCUUCUUGUUUUUUCCCUGGUCACCUUCUCUGUUUUAAGAAUUCAUCAAAAGCCUGAAUUUGUAAAUGUUGGACAUUUGGAGCUGCUUGAAGAGAAUCCUAGUAGUAAUAUUAAUUGUACCAAAGUUCUGCAGGGUGACGUAGAUGAAAUCCAAAAGGUAAAGCUUGAGAUUCUAACAGUGAAAUUUAGAAAUCGCCCUCGAUGGACAAACUAUGACUACAUAAACAUGACCAGUGAUUGUGCUUCUUUCAUCAAGAAGCGCAAAUAUAUUGUAGAACCCCUUAGUAAGGAAGAGGCAGAGUUUCCAAUAGCAUAUUCUGUAGUGGUUCAUCACAAAAUUGAAAUGCUUGACAGGCUCCUGAGGGCCAUUUAUAUGCCUCAGAAUUUCUAUUGCAUUCACGUGGAUUCAAAAUCAGAGGAAUCCUUUUUGGCCGCGGUGAUUGGCAUUGCAUCCUGUUUCAGUAAUGUCUUUGUGGCCAGUCAGCUGGAGAGCGUUGUGUAUGCAUCUUGGAGCCGGGUUCAGGCUGACCUCAACUGCAUGCAGGACCUCUACCGAAUGAACGCAGACUGGAAGUACUUGAUAAAUCUCUGCGGUAUGGAUUUUCCUAUUAAAACCAACCUGGAAAUUGUCAGGAAGCUCAAGUCGUUAAUGGGCGAGAAUAACCUAGAAACGGAGAGAAUGCCAUCCAAUAAAAAAGAAAGGUGGAAAAAGCAUUAUGCAGUCGUGAAUGGAAAGUUGACAAACAUGGGGACCGACAAAAUACAUCCUCCUCUUGAAACACCUCUGUUUUCAGGCAGUGCCUAUUUUGUGGUCAGUAGGAGGUAUGUGGAGUAUGUGCUCGAGAAUGAAAAAAUACAAAAGUUUAUGGAGUGGGCAAAAGACACAUACAGCCCGGACGAGUAUCUCUGGGCCACUAUUCAGAGGAUCCCCGAAGUCCCAGGGUCACUGUCCUUAAGCCAUAAGUACGAUAUGUCCGACAUGCAAGCAAUUGCCAGGUUUGUCAAGUGGCAGUACUUUGAAGGUGACAUUUCCAAGGGCGCCCCCUACCCGCCGUGCAGCGGCGUCCACGUGCGCUCCGUGUGCGUUUUCGGAGCGGGUGACUUGAACUGGAUGCUGCGCGUGCACCACUUGUUCGCCAACAAGUUCGACACGGACAUCGACCUCUUUGCCAUCCAGUGUUUGGAUGAGCAUCUGAGGCAUAAGGCCCUGGAGACAUUAAAACACUGACCCUUGGAGGCAGUUUUAGAAAUAAUUAGGAGGCAUGAGAUGUACCCCAUUUGAUUCUUCCACCUAUAACUCUUCAAGCCAGAGAAGCUCUAUGGUUUCUGCAGAGCAGGUCGGUUAGAGAGGUUGUAGCCUUCGGGCUUGACUUAGAGUUAGUGAGAGUGUAGGGCAGGUUGCAGGGCGUUGUGCGGGGGAGUGGGCCGGGUGGCUGGGGAAGAGGUUGAACGGAAGUUAUCCUGUUAAAAGAACUCAGGGACUGAACAAAACCCGAAGGUUUGACCUGUGCCAAAAUUGCUUGGAGAGCUUUAAGUAUGAUGGUUUUUCCUGAUUUGAAUAGAUUUAUAGCAACAGCCAACAAUCAGGAUGUAAUUUAUCUUGUAGACCACAUUUGUUGAAAGAGAAAUUUGACUUUAUUCUAAAUGAUCUUUGUAAAUGAUUGACUUUCUGCUGUAACAUUGCAUUGUGUUGUGUAUCUCUAUAUGCCAUCUCAGGGAACUUGCAAAAACGGGCUUGACUGAAUGUGAAUAUUUCCCAUUUAUGCUUUUAACAAUGUACAUAUGUUUUUAACCCCCCCCC